GAAGCCACCAAGACGCGUGGAAUCUCUGGCAAUAUAGACACUGAAUAUACACGGUGAAUAGGGAACAAUAUUGGAAUAAAAUCUCGGGACGAAUGCUUCGCGCUUACACUUUUUUAACUGCUGGUGUCUUCAUGCCGGGCGGCAGAGCAUCGCCUUUCGGUACACUGCACACAGUGCUCGCUACUCUCCGAAGAACACCUGUUCCGCGAACCGCGUAUGUCCAGUUCUUUGGGCUCCGACUAACUCUAGUGAUCAGAUAUGAACAAAUGACAGCAGAAAUCAAGACGACAUACCCAAUUCAAACAUAUCUCUCAUCUUUCCCAGAUGGGCGCGAUUGUCCAUUUAUCCAUCUCUACCGCACUCCCCGUUGUCAGCUGAAUAUGGAGUGGUACCCUCGCAUGAAGGCAUGGAUACAAUCAUACAGCGGGCAGGGUAGCACAUCUUCCAUCGCAGGCAGUUGUCCAAUAACACAGAAGGUUUUCGCUGGUAAACGACCUCGGAUCUUUCGUUUCUCCCAACGUCGUUCGUCAUCUUCUCAAUCUUUAAUAGGGUUCAGAAGACCGGUAUGUGGUCCAAAGGAAAGAACACAGGCGUUCUGUGAAGCCACAAGAUGUGUUAGAACUUAGAAAUGCCUCACGGGUUCGAUACUGUCACACUAGAACGUUGCGGAAGCCCGCGGAGGUCAUGAGUGACAGCGUUCCCCGACGCAAGACGGCUUGUAGCAUGAGAUCACCAACGUCAAUAUCGCCAUAAAUUUUAGAAUUUUACAUAAAGAUAACUCCCCAAGCUGCGCUGCCAUAUCCACCGAGUUGGCUAAGCGCGAAUAUCGGAUGUCAUUGUAGCUGAUUCUCCGAGCCAGCGUCCUGAGCCAAGUGGUGGGGCGGCAUCAGUGGAGGCCUCUGCAUCAA